GAUGAUCAAUGUACGCGUUUUCUCUUACACAGAACUGCGCGUCUUUAUUGGCGGGCGAUGUGUUUUCGAGCCUGUUCAACGCUCAAUGCUUGGCCAGCCACGCCUUAUUUAUAUUCAAGAAGCGUAUGCGCCGUGUACCAUGCACACGCAUGCACAGGACUUCCCUGGCAUCGAUAUAUAGGUCCUCUGUUCAGUCUACGAAUAAGUGUGACGUCAGCGAGUCUGUUCAACGUUGGAAAACCCCGGGCUCUGCCUUCCUCUAAGCUAUUACCUGCAAGGCCCAAUUAACUGCCUUCACGAAGUAUGCAUCCAUGUGGAGAAUGUCAA